AUGAGCUCGGCACUGACAAGAUCAGUGUUCCGGAUAACUCGACAGGCGCCUUCAAGGCUCCGACUCACGCCGACACCGCUGCGUGCCCUUCACGUCUCUGCCCGGAGGUGGGAGGAGGCCGAGCUUGCAACCGCUGAACUGUCGACACCUGCCCCGACCACGCAGACCGCUGCUGCUCUGGAGCAGACCAGUGGUACUCCAACUUCAACAACAAGUCAGGGCGAAACUGCGCCUUCGCCGACUGAAGCUACUGAACCUCCGACUGAGGACGUUCCCGAGCAAGCUGCUGUGGAGACGGCUAGCGAUGGCCCUUCAGCCUACGACGCGUGGACGGAGUUCCCGGAUAUCAAGGCGCCGACACCAGCGCAGCUCGCCUUCCUGCUCACGAUCCAGCGCGGCGCCUCCGACGUCUAUUUCAAGGACACGAUGGGACGGGGCAAGACCUUCUCGGUCGUUCUCGCUGCGCUCUCCCUGGUUUUGAACGGGAAGAAGGCUUUGAUUCUCGUCCCGACGCCGCAUCUGGCCAAGCAGGUCGAGGACCUCUGCCUCCGUCUGCUUGAGGUGACGAUGGAACGUCCGCCGAUGUGGACUACGCUCCUGCCCGAGGAGCACGAACCCGAGGAGGAGGUAUCCCGCCCUCUCGUCAUCGCGACGCCGAAGACGUACCUCGAGUCUCAAGUCGACUUCAACCCGGACUGGAUCCUAGUCGACGAGCCAGACCACAUGCUUGGCCCGCUUCCGCCGCGGCACGGCGACCCGAAGCGUCUAGCCCACCACCCAAUCUUCAAGCACCCUCCUCCGCUCGUCGCAGUGAUGAACGAGCUGCUCGAUAUCCGUCCCGUGCGCACCGACCGGCGCAAGCCGGACGGCAAGAUCUACGUCGACCAGUCACAGCGCCGCGACAUCCGCACGGCCUGGAGCAGUGCCACGCUGCAGACCAAGCUCAAGUCCUUCGUCUACCGGCACGGCUGGGUGCGGGGCGCAGCGGACCUGAACUGGACUUCCACGGCCAGUGCCGAGCAGCAGGCGGUGAGGGAGAACAUGGAGGCGAUCGCUGAGCAGAUCGGGGGCAUCACGGAUAACUCGAUGGGCGUCCGGCCCGAACACUAUGCGAUCGAGGUCGGGCCGACGGGCGCGAUGCGUCCCAUCAGCCAAGAGGAGGUCGAGGCCGAGUUCGCCGCGGCGGCGGAGGCGCGGACAGAGGCGCGGAUGCGGAGAGAGCGGGGCGAGGUCGAGGACACAAGGCGGGAGCGUGGGGCUGGAAAAGAGGAGGCCCUGGCGAUCCGGCACUCGCCCGUGUUCACUGAGGCUGUGGCUCUGCUGCAGGCCACGGCCCCGCCCCCGGAUGGGAAGUACGCCCUCUUCCUGCCCCCUAGCGGCGCGUCACUCACGAAGCUGGCGGACGAGCUCGAGUCGCUCGGCGUGCCCUCGCUGCCCCUCGUCCCCGAGGUCAUUGAGGCGGGCAUCGCCGCGCCAAUGCCCGGCCUGAACCCCGUGCUCAUCGCGAGCAGGGAGAGUCUGACGGGCCUUCACCUCCCCGAGUUGCACACCGUGUAUCUCGUCAAUGGACUGGAUGUGGCUGGCCUGUCGAAGAGCCAGAGACAGUUUGGCGGCAAGACUGAACGGACCACGAGUUAUGCGCGUAUUGCGGGCCGCCUGGGCCGACUCGGCACCAGUAUCGAGGGCAAGCCGCAGCGCGUCAUCUCUCUCUUGCCUGCUGGGUCUACGGAGAGAUACUCCCUCGUCAACGCUCUGGAGGGCAUGGACGAGGAGCUCAGCGAGUGGAAGGACGUCGAUCUCUCCACGCUCUAA